UCGUGUGCCGUCCCGAUUUAUGCAGUGUGGUGAGCGAAGAGGUUGGUGAGUUAUUCGGACAUGCUGCUGGUGUGCUGCUAGCAGUGCUUCACUUGGUGUAGUGUAUAUGUACAAUGGUGUGUGCAUGUACGUCGCUGUAUGUAUGUCUGUAUUUACAUGUCCGGUGGAGUAUGUAUGUACACUAUUGUAUGUAUGUGCGGUGCAGUAUGUAUGUACAAUAUUGUAUGUAUGUACGAGGCUGUAUGUUAUUGUAUCGUAGCGGAUAUGCUACGUUACAAAUGCAAAAAAAAUCUUUUCACCAAUCGAUAUCGAUAGUAAUAAAAAAUGUUUCUAUGUACUCCUUAUGGCAGUAGCACUCCCCCUUCAUAUACAUAUGUAUGUAUUUGGAAAUUUUAGUGGACUUUAGACCGUCGAUCAUUUUUCCUAAAUUAUUAUUUUUGAUUAUUUGCGAACAGGCUGAAAGUGGCAAAAACAGGAGAAAGAGAUGUUUGUUGCUCGACCAGGCUUCUACUAGUAAGAGAUCAAAAACAAGUAACGAGCCAUCUUCAACCGGUUUAACAACGAGUGGCAAUUCUGCAGAAGCCGUGGAUAUCGCCACUUUAAGCAAUACAAUAUUUAAAUACUUUAAAGUUAUUAAGCAUUUGAACAAAACUGACUUUCACCGCAAAAGAAAUGGGGUGGUAGCUGAAUGCCGCAUAUGUAAAAAGCAGCUGCAAGGUUCGACGCAAAUAACUUCGAACUUCAUUCGUCACUUACGAUUAAAACAUGUAGAAGUUUUAAAAGAAUAUAAAGAAACAAAAUUAGAGACACCACAAGCAAACGGCAGCAAACAAGAUGUUUUCAAUAAAUUAACUAUUUCCUAUAUUGCGGAUCUUAUGUUACCAGUAUCUGCUGUGGAGAAAAAAUCUUUUAAGAAGUUGAUUGUGUGCAAAUCCAAAAUUAAAAUUAAUGAGUAGACCAACAGCAACAUCAUUAGUAA